AUGGCGCCUGCAGGGAAAGAAAGACAAACGACCCGAGGCGCGGCUGGUCAGCAGAGGCGCGGGCGCCUGAGAGCCCCCUCCUCGGCCCGGCCCCGCCUCACAUACAAACCUGGACCACCGGCCGCCGCUCGGGGUCUGCAACCUCACAGGGGAGCGGCUUCCGGUGCUGCCUGCGUCAUCUCCGCGCGUCCCUCCGCCCGCGGCGCCCAGCGGGCGCGGGUGCACUUCCGGCCCCGGCCACCGGAGGGAAGCGGGAGGGUGACAUUCUGCAGACUCCGGACUCACCAGUGGUGUUUCAUUCUAUUUAAUGUUAUCCUAUUUCAUGCCUUGCUUUUUGGGGCUGAUUUUAUGGAAGAAUACUUUCUGCACACUUUGCCUUAUGUAGAUAUGAAAGUUCUUGAAAUAAAGGAUAAGGCAAGAAAAUUGAACGUGGAACCCCUAAGAAGUAAUAUUUCCAAGUAUUAUAUCCUGAGCCAGUCGGAGGUGUGUAAAGGGAAGAAUAUAUUUUUACUCUCUCUUAUCUUCAGUAGCCCAGGAAAUGGAACAAGGCGGGACCUCAUCAGGAAAACCUGGGGUAACGUGACCAGUGUCCAAGGGCACCACAUUCUCACACUGUUUGCUUUGGGAAUGCCUGUUUUGGUAACUACCCAGCGAGAGAUAGACAAAGAGUCCCAUAAGAAUAAUGAUAUAAUUGAAGGAAUCUUCUUGGACAGUUCUGAGAACCAAACCCUGAAGAUCAUCACAAUGAUGCAAUGGGCUGUGACUUUCUGCCCUAAUGCCCUAUUCAUUCUCAAGGUUGAUGAAGAGAUGUUUGUCAAUCUACCAAGCGUGGUAGACUAUCUUCUCAAUCUGAAAGAACACUUUGAGGAUAUCUAUUUAGGAAGAGUUAUCCAUCAGGAUACACCCAACAGAGACCCCAAUAAUCAAGAAUUUGUUCCUUUUAGCGAGUACCCAGAAAAGUAUUACCCAGAUUACUGCAGCCGUGAGGCCUUCAUUAUGUCCCAAGAUGUGGCUCGGAUGAUGUAUGUGGUUUUCAAAGAAGUACCCAUUAUGGUUCCUGCUGAUGUGUUUGUAGGGAUUUGUGCUAAGGCCAUUGGCCUUAUACCCAUCCACAGUUCAAGGUUUUCUGGGAAAAAGCACAUCAGAUACAACAGAUGUUGCUAUAAGUUCAUUUUUACGUCCUCAGAAACUACAGAUGCUGAAAUGCCCCUGGCGUGGAAGGAAAUUAGCAUUGGGAAAGAAUGUACCCUGUUUGAGACUUACUAUGGCCUCAUUUCCUGCAAACUUUUGACAUACCUUGACAGCUUUAAACGUUUUCACAUGAGUACCAUGAAAAACAAUGGCAUGUAUUUUGGUGAUUAG